UAACCAGACUGACAGAAGAACCUUCCACUGGACAGAAAAGAGACAGUCUAGAUGAAAAAGACAGAUAAAGCGAGGUAGAUCUGAGGCUAGAGACAGAUACCUAGUCCCAAAACACGGGAUGUGAUUGUGGAUCAAAAUCUGAACUACAGAAAAACACAGAGGAGUGAAGAAUGGAUAUUCUUCUUCUUGACAGGAGAGAAAAACACCAACAGCAAAAGAAGAACCAAUGAGACCAGCCUCCAUCACACAUGCCCUUCCUCUCCUGCCAACCUGUCUUCCUCCAUCCUCUACCUGUCCGCUCGGGGUCAUACUGUGGAUCUGCUAGCAGACGUGCAUUACUAGCAUCAUGCCAGCUGUGUUGAAGUCAUCUCAGGAUGGGAGCAUGACAGAUUCAGGCGAGCUGGAGCAGGCGGCAACCCCCUGCUUUGGAAAAGUGCCCCGUGACCUGCUCCAAAACUUUCCUCACACUAAGCGUGUGGGCAGCUACCUGGUGGGCAAAAUGAUCAACAAGGGCUCAUUCGCCAAGGUUAUGCUAGGCAUGCACAUCAGUACAGGAGAGAAGGUGGCGAUCAAGGUGAUAGAUAAGAAAAAGGCUCGUCAGGAUUCAUAUAUUUAAAAAAACAUGAAGCGCGAACCCCGGAUUCACCAGCUGAUCCACCACCCGAACAUCGUCUUGCUGCUGGAGACGCUGGAGACAGAGAACUGCUACUACAUGGCCAUGGAGCUUUGCGGAGGAGGAGACCUUAUGGAUCGAAUCUGUGAACGCAAACGGUUGGAGGAGAGAGAGGUUCGCAGAUACACCCGUCAGAUACUGUCUGCAGUGGAACACCUGCAUCGACACGGGAUAGUUCACAGGCUGCGUCCUGAGGAUCUGAAUUCUGCUGUGUUAAAAUACAUGACUGAAUCUCUAGGUUACGGUCUUUCUGAUAUCAUCCACACGGUCACCAGUAACAAGCCAUCAACCACUUUGGCUUGCUACCAUCUCCUGCUGAAAAAACUCUCCAGGCAUCAGAAAGUAGUGAGGACCAUGAAGAGAGAAGAGAACAGCGAAUGGAAUCUUCUGAAUAAGGGCUUGUUGAGAAGGACAAGCAAUGCAAGUGCAAAGAGUCAGCAGCAGUCUCCUCAGAGUGACACAGCCAAUGAGAGGAGCUCAAGGCAGUCCAGUAAGACCCAGCGGAGCCAAUCACAGGACAGAGACACCCAGAGUGCCACGAAAAGGACAGCAGAGAGCAUAAGACCAAAGCAGUCGAGCCUAGUGGACAGAGAAGAUUCUCCUUCCUUUCUGCCUGUGGAUACAGCUAAUGAGAUCACCAUGCUGGUCAAGACACAUGAUGGACUGAUUCCUAAGGUCUUAACUUUUGGUGAGAAGGAGAAGCUUUGUGUUUCACCGCCUAAGUGUUCCUGCAGAGAGGGGAGUGGCACCAAACUCUGUGACUCCGCCACUUUUGAUGCCACUGUGACCAUCGAAACCUCCAGAGACUCCCAGACAAUGAAAACAUCAAUCAGACCACAUGAUCUGAGACCGGCUUACUCUGACAAAUAUCAAGUGCUAGAAUACGAACAUCAGCCUGAUGACAAGUUAGAAAAGUUGCAGACAUUCUACUCCGAGAAAGGGGCUUUUCCCAGAACGGGACAGCGAUUUAAGGAUUUAUUACUAGCCAUUGAGGAGAAAACCUACAAUGCUUGCCACCUCAGCGCCAUGGAAACCACAACACAAACCUCCCCUCUACCUCGAUUACGUCACACUAGAACGCUGAAGGAAGCCACACCUAGAAAAAUCACUUGGGUCGGUCUUACGCACCACACAACACCUGGCACUGGCUCCUCGCCUUUCUUAAUAAAUUGGUCCAAACCUCCAUUGUUUCCAUCUCAGAGACAACAAACUCUCGUCAUUACAAACCUGAGACAUGCAAAGGAGAAGAGGAACACAGGAACGGGAGGGGGAGGAGGGAUUGGUGUCCCCAGUAAUUCCUCGAAAAGAAACUCUGUUCAGUUGCGAACAGCUAUACAGCGCAGAGUCACGGACCUCAGCUUACCAGUGCUUCCGUCUGCUUUACAAAACAAAUCUGACAUAAAGACAGAAAUACUCAGAAUGGAUUUCAGGUGACAUUUGAGGAUAAGAGGCCUUCUCAAAGGGAAUAUGCUGGGUUCAGUACAAGCCAUGCUCAGUCGACAGCAUUUGUGGCAUACUGUUGUUUACUACAAAACAAAUCAUUUUGAUCCAUGCAUCCCUUAAGGCAAGUCACUAGAGGCAAAACCAUUGUUUUUUUUUUU